AUGUCGACUCGACAGUCUGGAGACGGCGGUAUUGACGGUAACACUGUGAAUGGCCGCGUCGCCGGCCAUAACGUUAUGGUUGGUGGGAUCAGUGCUGUCAAUGGUGGUUACAACUUUGUCCUUCAUGGAGACAACCACUUCUACCCACCCAGCGCAUCCAACGAGGUCCGCAAGUCGGUCAAACCCUUUGCUCAACUCUAUUUUCCCCGCAAUGAAGACUUUAUUGAACGACCGGACAUCACAGAAUGGCUGGAAAAAACGCUGAAGAACCCAGGAAGCCGCGCUGCGCUCUGGGGACUCGGUGGAAUAGGAAAGUCACAAUUUGCCAUUCGAUACGCUCAAGACCUCGAACAGAGAUCGCCUGAAACAUUCAUUUUCUGGAUCUACGCCCGCACCAGGGAUCUAUUCAUUACCGGCUAUCGCGAAAUUGCAGAAAAACUGGGACUCCUCCCUGACCCUUCUGAAGCUGAUGAGACCGUCCUCCUGGCUGUACGUGACUGGUGCAAUGAGAACAAGCAAUGGCUCAUGAUCCUGGACAACGCCGAUGAUGCCACCAUCUUCAUGAAUACAACGACCAGCGAGUGUGGUGCUAGCGAGGACGGCUCGGCAAUCAAGGGUAAACCCCUUUCCGAGUUUCUGCCUUGCGGUCAAACUGGAAAUCUUCUGAUCACAUCACGAGACAAAGCAGUCGCUCAAUUCUUGGCGGGGAAGUGGAACGCUCGAGAUGUACCAGCCAUGACUGAACAUGAGGCAAUACAGCUCCUACGGAAGAAGCUCAGGGAUUAUAAUGAUGAGGACUGCGAGGUCGCUCUGGUCCAGGCCCUCGACUGUAUCCCCCUGGCUAUCACGCAAGCAGCAUCUUACAUUGCGUUCGAAGAAGACACUGGCUUGACAACUCCGGCAACGUACUUGGAACUGUUCAGGAUGAGUGAUCAAGAGAGGGUCAGCCUUUUGAGUGAGGCGACGGUGUACGAUCCUUUCCGCGAACCCGGCACAUCCCCUGCCGUUGUUACCACGUGGAAAAUCACAUUUAGCCGAAUCAAGGAAACGAACGCCGAUGCCACCUGGCUCCUUUCGCUGAUGAGCUUCUUUCAUAAUCAAGAAAUUCCACUGUGGAUUCUUGAGAAGAUAUACGCAUAUCGGACUGAUGAAGACGCUGGUAAAGCACUUACGAAGGAUCUUAGUUUGUUGUGUCGCUAUUCUCUUGUCACUCGCUUCCGAAUUCGGGAUGGGGAUAGAAAGGAGCGUCAUGAUGCAACCUCCCGGUCCCAACAGUAUCAGAUGCAUGCUUUGGUACAAGCGUGUACUCGCGCGUGGCUUGAGGAAUCAGGGAAGAAAGAUUCGUUUCAAUGGAAUUUCAUCAAAUUCCUGGGGGCAUUUCAUCCCGACCCGUGUUUCGAAACCUGGACAAGAUGUGGUGAACUGUCUCCACACGUCGAGUCGCUCCUAAAUUUACCUGGCCUCACAAAUCUUGACGAAGAUGGGGCAACAUCUUUGCUAAGGGUGCUCUCCUGCGCGGGGAAUUACAACACCGAGACGGGCAGAUUGCAAAGAGCCAGUCUCUUGCUGACAAAGGCACUUGAUGUGGCAGAAGACACACUUUGUCCGGGACACAGCUGCAUAAUCCGGGCUGUUAUUGACAUAUGGAAGCUGCGCAAAUUCUUCAGCAGACGUCACUCACUUCAGAUCAAGAUCAAAGGACUUCUGGCCAAACUUAUUCAGAUCCUUGGCUUCGUCGAUAAAUACGCGGAGAAAGAGAUAAUCAGUUGUGCAAUUUUGCAUCGUCGGAUUCAAAUUCCAGACGAAGAUUGGUUACACGGGGAAGCUGGUAUAUCGGAAGACAACAUCUGGAGUGCCAUUACUGACGCAAUGAAUAAUCAGGGGAAAGGUGAAGAGCUUCUAGACCUGUUAGAGCAGAGGAAAUCGCAACUGGAGAUGCCUGAUUCUGAUGGUCGCUUCCAAUGCCGCGUUCGUGCGUCAUUGGUAUCGUCACUGAUGAAGCAAGGGAAAUGGGAAGACGCAGAAAAGAGCUGCCGAGAACUCCUGGAAUAUUACAAACGGACAAUUGGCUUUCGAGUUUCUUUUUUGUCAACUGCGCAAAUGUGUAUCGCCCAAUGCCUAACCGAGCAAGGGAAACACAUGGAGGCGACAGAAGAGUUGAUCAAUGUAGUCGAGUUGCGCAGGGAGGUGCUUGGGCCUGAACACCCGAAUACAUUGGAGGCCAUUGUCAAACUCGGAGAUUCUCUGAACAAGUUGGGGAGAUAUGCCCAGGCAGAAGAGUUACUUGACGGUUGCCUUGCGGCCCUGGAAAAGAAUCAUGAGGGCAAGAUCGGAUCAUCGAUAUAUUACCUUGCAAUGAUAACCUUGAGCAACAGCAUCUUGGCGCAAAAAAAGUUUGGAUCAAAAUCGCCAGAAAUUCGGAGGAAAAUCUUGAAAGGUCUUAUUUCAUUUGUUAUUUUGGGGGAUGAAUUAGAUCUCGACGAGGAUGAAGUUAUUGAGGAGGACGAGCCACCCGCUGAGCUGUCAGCAACUGAAGGCACAGCAAAGACUCUAGCGCCAGCACUUCCAAAGACGACAUCUGGAGAGGCUACCAUCAGCAAUUUGGCUCACAGCUAUAACAAUACGGAUGUGGCGUACCAGGACAAUUUGCAAGAUUGGGAAGAGAAUGCAGCGGCAAGAGCCGUCGAACAGUUGCUUGUAGGAGGACGACUGAUGGGCGGGAACAACACCUCGAGGCCUGAGAUGAAGAGAUUAUUUACCAUUGGUUUAGGCGAGCGAAGGAGCCUGCGCGCGGAACGGGCAUUGGAAGUCUGUAUGAGAAUGCUCAGGGAGGUAAAAAAAGGGGUGGGCGAAGAUCUGAACAAGGAUCGAAGUGAUGUGGGAGGGGAUGAAGAUAAGAUGGAAGAAGAUGUUGAGUGA